CUAUCCUUCUGUCUCUUUGCCUUCGACAUUUCUGGAUUUCGACGAUCGGCAGAGGCAGUGACCCAAAUGGAAGCUGAUGAGACAUUGAACUGUCUCAUCUUGCCUCAGCAAGAAAUCGCUCCAUAUCAAGUUCUGCAUUUUUCCGAAUCCCUUCCCUCAACCUCUCUUUCUCCUACCGUCUCCUUCACUUCUCCCUUUCUCUCCUCCCUUUUGGCCCUCUUUCACUCAUCCUUACGUCCAGAACCCUCUCAGACGGCUCGACUGCUCAACUUAUCAACCUCUUCUGGCUCAUGUCUUUGGCUCAGAGAGGACUCUGUAGUCUGGGCCGCUUUAGAUGCAGGUGUAGACCUUUAUAUCGCCUUCAAGAUUGCAGCAGUGAAUCGAAUUGGGCUAGGGCCCUGGAGCGCCAGAAUAGAGUUUUCCUUCUUUCGUGGUCGAGACAGCGAUAGAAGUGAGUAA